UCAGUUUAGCAAAACAAACAUAAAAUACAUGUCCAAAAGAACUAAAAAUACAUUUUCUCAAACGUAAAUAGAAAAUAAGUUUUACCCGCAACCACAUUUAAAGUUGAAUUGGUUGAUAUUAAUUAGUUUCUUCUAUUCGUUGUUGCUGUGGUGACUGUGUAGUUCAAGGAAAGAUAAUAAGGGAGUGAGUGAGGCAGAGUACGUACGGGGAAAGGAGAAACUAUCUGCAACAGUAAUUUGUUAUUGUUCACUUAAAGCAAUAACAGUGUUCUCAGGCAAAUCCGCAUUGUUCCACAUUACGCUACUCAGCAAUGGGCCCUGAAGCGGAAUGCUAAUCUGCGGUGAGACGUACGGCUCCGGGCAACAUGAAUCUACAAUCGCUGUUUCAGGAUUUUAAUCCCAGUAAAUUUGUAGUCCAUUGUUGUUUGUUCAUCUUCACCAUAUUGUUCUGUCUUCGCUUGGACGGAUUUAUCGAUUGGCCCUACUGGGUCGUGUUUGUGCCGCUAUGGGUGUGGAAAUCGAUUGCAACUCUUGGCGCUAUAGUGGGAGCCGUUGUAUGGUGUCGCCAUCCACACUACAGAGUCGAAGGUGAUUCGUAUUCACACUUCAAAGCAAUGCUUAUAUCGCUGUCGCUGCACUUGAUACUGCUGAUGUUUGAGUUGCUUGCCUGCGAUCGUCUUACCUCCGGAAGACACCUGUGGGUGUUGGUAUUUAUCCCACUGAUAUUUGGUAGCGCGGCCAGUGUUGGUGCUUGUGUGUGGGCGGUUAAGCACGAUCGAUCAUUCGAGCUGGAACUGUUUUGUGCCGUCAAUGCCCUGCAGUUCGUAUUUCUGCCCCUCAAACUGGAUGGCCUCGUGUCGUGGAGCUGGGAGGUGGUGUUCGUUCCCUUGUGGAUAGUACUCUGCCUCAGCCUGGUCGCAGUGCUGUACAGCAUUAUUUUCAGUGUCAUCCUAUUACGCACGCCAGAAGUUUCGGUGCAGCAGAAGAAAUCGGCGUUCUAUUCCGCCAUCGGGAACUGUGCCACCGUAAUUCCGGUGCUAGUGUUUCAGGUUCUCCUUGCCGACAAGCUGGACGAAGACUUGAACUGGCCCUACAUAGCCGUGGCAGGUCCGCUGUUAGUCGCUCUGUUCACGUUGAUUUUGCUCAGCUUUAAUGCUAAAGGCGGAAACAAAUGGUGGUUCGGUAUUCGGAAAAACUUUAGCCAGUUCUUGCUCGGUGUGCUUCCAUGUCUGCAAGAGUACGGAAACAUAUCAUAUCACACGGACAGCGGUCAAACUGUGCCACUGGAUAGCGCCAACGUACAGUUGGAUGAUUUCGAGAAGUACGACAAAAAGAGUAAAAAGGCUCAGACGAAAAAGAACGACCAUCUAAAGCCCGUAGUACCGAUCGUUAGCAUAGAGCUGCCAGAUUGAACGUUUGCUCACAUCCGUCGGCAAAAGAAGCUAGCUAAUUUCAGGCAGUUUUAAUAUCAAUGGGAUUAGUUGAAUAUCGUGUCGCUAUCUGCUAGCAAUGGAGACCUUCUCGAAAGAGGUGGUCUAAUUUGCUGUGUUGAAAUUUUAUAUCCUACAUCUGCUCGAUUCGCCGACUCCACAUGCAUAUUUAUCGAUAGUAGCCGUAGAACGAAAAAGGUAUAAUUAGGUGAAGAAACGCCGUGAACAUAUCUACUCGGGGCGAAGAAAAGGAGGAAGAAGAUGACAAUAUUUAAAAUAUAAAAAGCGCGAUAGAUAGUAAACUACGUAAAGGUAUUUAAUGUAAUACGAACAAACGAAGUGGCCGACAUAUUCUAUUGGAAAUUAUUUACCAUAAAUUGGAAGCACGGAUGUGCAAGCUGGGUCGCUAUCUGCCUUUUUCCCGUACCACGGCAUCAUGAAAGCCUGUAGCACAAAUUAUCGUUUUCUUGUUCCGACUAUAAGCUUCUCUGUGGCUUAUUAGAGAUCCAGAAGUAGGUGUAAAUAUUAGUAAUAGCUGAAGUAGUUAUAAAGUAAAAAUAAACUGUACGGAAGAAAAGGCACAA